AUGAACCAGAAUUCCGUCACCUUCGCGCCAAGGCCCGCGAAAUUGCCUCAAGCUCCAAAUCCAGAAUCGCAGCCCAGACCUCGAAAGCUGCGGCGCAUAUCAAGAGCCUGCGACUUUUGCCACAAGCGAAGCAUAAGAUGCACACCCAGUCAGGAAGAUUCGACGCGAUGUCAGAACUGUCUGGACUUUGGAGUCAGUUGUACGUAUAACCGCCCUGCGAAGAAGCGCGGGAUCAAAAGUGGGAACGCCAAACAGUCACGUCAGGAGGGAUCGAGUUCACAUGAUGGACAGAGUGAUGCUCGGUUGCUUCUGGAGCUGAACGGCAUUGUUGAAGGGAAUGGGAAUUUCAAUGUUGUGGACAAAUUCUUUAUUCCAGAGAAAUGGAGGUCAAUGGUCUUGGAGAACGAGGAGAAGAUACGGAAUCUUGUGGAGGUAUAUUUUGAGGUCGUUUAUCCUAUCUUCCCUCUCUUCCAUACUCCAACUAUGCUUCGGCGGACAGCCAACCGAGACUACCUCACAGAUCAUGCGUUCUUUGCGGAUGUCAUGGCAAUGUGUGCUCUUGCUUCUUCACGAGCAAGGGAUGGGGCAUUGUUUCCUGGCCGCUGGGACCCAGAAUACUUCAAGGUUCCAUCAUCCGAAUCGUUCUUUGCUGCAGCAAAAGAAGCCAUUCCACAGGACUUGAGUGCCAUGCGUGGCCUUGAUUGGCUGCGUACCUGUGCCAUGAUGGCACUUUAUGGUAUUCAAGUUGGGAAAAUCCACAUUAUGCAUCAAUAUCUAGGCCUCUACCACAGUCUUGUGGCCAUGGAUGGACUUCACGACGAAAAGAAUUGGCCCAAGGGAAUAGGACUCAUUGAAAUUGAGGUGCGGCGGCGCUUGUUUUGGUCCAUGUACACCCUCGAAGUCUUCUCCUCUAUAAUAUGGGGCAGCAUAAUCCGCUGCCGUGAGUCUCAGUGCAAAGUCAGCUAUCCCAGCGAGGUGGAUGAUGAGUUCUUAUUUGACGCCGGCUAUCAACCUCCUAAUGCACUUAUCCCCUCCUUUCCUUCUCAAGCCAUCACUAAUCCGAUAUCAUGGCUCCAUGGCUGGAAUUUCACCACCGAGCUCUACCGCAUUUUGGAACACGCAGUGGAUGAAUUCCACAGUCGUCCCAAACAACAUUCUGGUCCUUUCUCUCCCGGUGAUUUAUUCGCCAGGGAACGUCCAGUUCAAAGUGUAGUCCUCGACAAAGUGAUGGAAAUGCACGCAGCGCUGCCCCAGCGAUUCAAAGAAGCGAAACCGAUGCCCGACAAUGGGAAGGGAGGCUUGGAAGAUAAAUUUAGUUUCCAAGUUGCGAAUAUCACUGCAACGCUGCAACUCGUGCGCAUGAUCCUCUUCACGACUAAAGAUGCAACAGUAGAUCAAAAGUGUGCUAUUGCGCGCGAGUUCCUUGAUGGGUUUGCGAAAGUCCCUGUCAUUUUCUUAAGGGCCAUUUCGGCUCCGCUCUUGUACCAUUUGGCUGGCAUUGGAUCCAUCCUUGGCUCAGUUAUUGAGGGCCCACUGUCGGAAUCUUCAUAUCUACAAGUUAGAGACGUACUACUGGCUAUGGCCGACCUCCUAGCUUCCCUCGAGACCGGCAUAACACGUGCCGUGGGUGCUGCCUCCCGUAUCCGAACCCAGAUCGGAAUGAUCGAAGAUUAUAUGAACAGGCAAAGACAACAGGAGCUCGCCUCCUCUUCUCUGCCUAACCCUGCAUACCCAAAUUCGGUACCCCUCCCUGCCGUAACAACAGCGACGAACCCGAAUAUCGAUCCGAGUCUGGAAGCCAAUGCUCCACCGGGCGGCGCAAACUUGUACCAACAGCCGCCCAAUAAUUUUGAUUUUAAACCUGAUUUUUCAAACACAGGUGGUGUUGAUAACAUGAAUGCAGGGAUGAACCAUACAGCCGGUGACCAAUUUCAAUUCCAGUUACCGCCUGAGUUGUUGGAAGGUUGGCCGUGGCCGCUUGAUAUGUCUCAGGGAUUUGCGGGGUUUUGA